AUGGCUGCCUCCGCUUUGCUCAAGAGCCGGAUUCGCCGGCCAUCCUACCUCAGCAAAUUGGCCAAGGCUGAAGAUUUGAUUGACCUCUUUCCCCAUGGCUCAUAUAUCGGCUGGUCCGGUUUCACGGGCGUGGGCUACCCCAAGAUGGUCCCCACUGCUCUCGCCGACCACGUCGAGAAGAACAAUCUGGAGGGUCAAUUGAAGUAUACCCUUUUUGUCGGUGCCUCAUCUGGCGCCGAAACUGAGAGUCGAUGGGCGCGUCUGAACAUGAUCGAGCGCCGGAGUCCGCAUCAAGUCGGAAAGGAAAUUGCCAAGGGGAUCAACAAUGGCCAGAUCAAAUUCUUUGAUAAACAUCUGAGCAUGUUUCCGUCAGAUUUGGUAUAUGGUUACUACACACUUGAUAAACCGAAGAACAAGAUCGACGUGGCUGUUAUCGAGGCGUCUGCGAUUACUGAGAAUGGUGGCAUUAUCCCGGGUGCCUCGGUCGGUGCAUCCCCCGAAUUGAUUCAAAUGGCGGACAAGGUCAUUAUCGAAGUGAAUACGGCUAGUCCGUCAUUUGAGGGCCUUCAUGAUAUCGUCGGCUCCGACUUGCCACCUGGUCGCAAGCCAUACCUGGUCAUGGCACCUGAGGACCGUAUCGGAACACCCUACAUCCCCAUUGACCCAGAGAAGGUCGUCGCCGUGGUGGAAUCCACGUAUCCCGAUCAGACUCAGCCGAACGCGCCCGAAGACGCCGCGUCUCAGGCAAUUGCGGCCAAUUUGAUUGAGUUCCUCAAGCAUGAGGUACGACACGGCCGUCUCCCCAAGAAUCUCCUGCCUAUCCAGUCUGGAAUUGGCAACAUUGCCAAUGCAGUCAUUGGUGGUCUCAGCAAGGGCGGCGCCGACUUUACCAAUCUGAAGGUCUGGACCGAGGUGCUGCAGGACUCCUUCCUCGAUCUCUUUGAUAGCGGCAACCUGGACUUUGCCACUGCAACCUCGAUUCGAUUCUCUCCUGAUGGAUUCAAGCGCUUCUACGACAACUGGGAGCGUUACGCAGGGAAGCUUCUCCUGCGCUCGCAACAGGUCUCCAACUCUCCUGAGAUCAUCCGUCGUCUGGGUGUCAUCGGCAUGAACACCCCGGUGGAGGUGGACAUCUACGCCCACGCCAAUAGUACUUGCGUGAUGGGUUCACGCAUGCUGAAUGGCCUUGGUGGCUCAGCUGAUUUCCUGCGCAACUCCAAGUACAGCAUCAUGCACACCCCGUCCACACGGCCCAGCAAGACCGAUCCCACUGGUGUCAGCUGCAUCGUUCCCUUCGCGACCCACAUUGACCAGACCGAACAUGAUCUGGAUGUGAUUGUCACCGAACAGGGUUUGGCAGAUGUGCGAGGCUUGUCACCUCGGGAGCGUGCUCGCGUGAUCAUCAAGAAGUGUGCUCAUCCCGAUUAUCAACCCAUUCUGACGGACUACCUGGAUCGGGCCGAGUUUGAGUGUUUGAAGAAGGGCAUGGGUCAUGAACCUCACUUGCUGUUCCAGGCCUUCAAGAUGCACCAAAAUUUGCAGGAGAAAGGUACCAUGAAGAUUGACUCUUGGGAGUAA